CUACAAAGGUUUUUUUUUACAAAAAAAAUCUUGUGAAGAGUACGCACAUUAAAAAUUACCAUUUGUAUAUACGCAGAAAAUAAAAACUCAAAACAUAAACUAUUAAACCGUAAAAAACAACCAAAGCGAGUACAAUAUGGAUUUCGGUGAUGAUUUUGCUACCAAAGAGGAAGUCGAUCCAGCAGCAGAGUUUCUGGCCCGCGAGCAAUCGGUUCUGGGGGACCUCGAAGCGGAAAUAACUGGUGGAUCUGCAACAAAUGCAGCUGCAGCUGUAGCACCUGCAACUGACGAUGGAUUGCUUGGCGGAUUAGUCAGCGCCGGUGCUGAGCUGGGCAGCGAACUAACUGCAAACAUUGGAGGUGGUUUCGAAUCGUCGACGGGCAGCUUCGAAGUCAUUGGAAGCGAGUCGAACGAACCGGUUGGAAUCUCAGGACCGCCGCCGUCGCGUGAAGAGCCCGAGAAAAUACGCAAAUGGCGGGAGGAACAAAAACAGCGGCUGGAGGAAAAGGACCUUGAAGAGGAACGCAAGAAAGAGGAGCUACGUCAGCAGUCCAAGAAAGAGCUGGACGACUGGCUUCGCCAGAUUGAGGAUUCCAUUUCCAAAACAAAACUAUCGUCUCGCAACGCUGAGGUGCAAGCCGCAUCACUGGAGAAUGGGGCUGUUGAGCCAGGCACCGAGUGGGAGCGCAUUGCCAAGCUGUGCGACUUCAAUCCUAAAGUCAAUAAAUCAGGCAAAGAUGUCUCACGGAUGCGGUCCAUUUAUCUGCAUCUAAAGCAGAAUCCCAUACAAGUGCAGAAAAUCGCCUAAGAGACACGUAAACCAAUUAAUCAAAUUUGGAUAUUUCGAUUCUGAUAAAAGUAUUUUUUGUAAAUUCCAAUUAUAUUAAAUAUAUAUUACUUUAAUUUUGCCUCUAUUAUAUGAUAAUAUUCAUAACGAAUAAAAAAGAAUCAGACACAUAAAUGUAAA